AUGAGACUUGGAGGGCAAUCAUCAGGAUGGACGGACUCUAAUAACAACAGAAAACAACAGUUGAUGUUACUUCGUCAAUUGAAAGACAAGAUGGACUCAUCAUUGGAACCUGUACAAGAACAGCAGGUAGAAAAGGGCCAAGACAGUGCACAUCAGAAGCGUACCCAGGCGAGUGAUCCAGCGAGUACACCAACAACAUCAGCUACAAGGAGUACAACCACUAGAAGUACAUCUUCAACUAGUACACCACCUACGUCGUUGAUGACUGCUGAUGUUCUUGUUGAUGUGAACCUGAAGAAGAUGGAGUUUCUUAACAUGCUCAGGCAGAUGAUGAUAAGCAAUCUGACUCUGAAAGCGAGUAUAAAGCAGGAUGUCCUUCAUGGAAACAAAACACCACCCAUGUCAUCCACUCAUCCACCAAGGACAAGGCUGACGCUUACCAGUUCUGACAAUCUACGUAAACAGAACAGGAUUGCCACUGCAUUCGAACCAAGUGUAACUUUUCGCCCAACAGUGACAGAGGCAUUACCUAAGGCAACUACCACUAUGAUUAAUUCAGGCAUCUCAACCAAAGCUACAUCAAGAACACAGAAGAAGACAGAGCUUUUACUGAAGUUGAAGAAAAUGUUCAUCCAUAAUAUGACAACUGAAUCGUCUAGAAGAAUGACGAGAACACAACAGGUUACAACUAAACUAGGAAUACUCACCACUCAAAUGUCAUCAUUGGUGACUACUGUGCCAACUGGUUCUACUCCAAGGCAGAAUGCCGUGCAAGACAUCAUUCCAACUGUGUCAGGACAUGCUCCAGUGAUGCCCGUCAAGAAUAACAGGAACAGCUUUGUUCUCAGUAAACCAUCUGGCUUUAACUUCGCAAACUUCCAUACGCUGACUCCUUUAUCAUGGCUGUACGAGAAGAACCUAUUACCAAGGAGUCAUUCUGCAGAUCCUGGGUUCCCUAUUCCUCAUCGUAAUGGGAAUGUUGUGACAUCAUUCAAACCUGUAAGUGAAAACAAUAAAAGAGGCAGUGAUCUGAAUGUACUGGACUCGAUCUCCCUCAGGAAUAACCCCCAUGUACUAGGCAGCAUACUACUGGCAAACCCUCGUGACUUCAUACUGCCUGCCUCCAAGGAUGUUGGUGCUGAUUAUUCUUCUGUUAGUGUGACAAGGAGAAGCACCUCUUUAACAGUUGCCAAAGAAUCGGGCCCUGCAUCUGUACCGGCGAUGUCCAUCCCCAUAUCUACAGUUAUCCCAUCAACUGCCCUUGACCUUGGGAAUACAUCGGCUGAGUCUCUAGCUGCACCAGCUAGUUUUGAAACUAGGUCUAUAGCAUCUACAUCCACUGCAUCGACAACAUCUAGUACAGUUACAACCGACCACUACAACAACACCUGCAACUACAACUACUACACCAACAACUACAACUACUACACCAACCACUUCAACUCCUACAACUACUACACCGACCACUACAACUCCCACAACUACCACACUGACCACUUCAACAACUCCUACAACUACCACACUGACCACUACAACAACUCCUACAACUACUACACCGACCACUACAACUCCUACUACUACCACACCGACCACUACAACUCCUACAACUACCACACCUACCACUACAACUCCUACAACUACAACACCGACCACUACAACUACUACACCAACAACAACUACAACUACGACAUCAACCACUACAACCCCUACAACUACAACACCGACCACUACAACUCCCACAACUACCACACCGACCACUUCAACAACUCCUACAACUACCACACUGACCACUACAACAACUCCUACAACUACAACACCGACCACUACAACAACUCCUACAACUACUACAUCAACCACUACAACUCCUACAACUACAACACCGACCACUACAACUCCUACAACUACAACACCGACCACUACAACUACUACACCAACAACAACUACAGCUACGACACCAACCACAACACCUCCUACAACUACUACACUGACCACUUCAACGACUCCUACAACUGCUACACCGACCACUACUACUCCUACAACUACUACACCGACCACUGCAACUCCUACAACUACAACACCGACCACUACAACUACUACACCAACAACUUCAACUACUACACCAACCACUACAACCCCUACAACUAUUACACCGACCACUACAACUCCCACAACUACUAUCUCCGGACAGCAAUCAUCUACAGCCACUACCACGACAACGACCACAGCAACAACACCCACAACAACAACAAUAACGACUCCAUCGACAACAACAACAACAACAACAACAACAACCUCAACAACCACAUCUACGAUUCCUCAGACGACAAGAACCACACCAACAACCACAUCAUCCUCAUUUUGUCCACAAGAUCAAAUUGUAGAGUGUGGCCCCAGGACGCGGUCCUUUGGCGGGGCCAGGCUCGCCCGUCUGUGGACCAUGUGUCAGUCUCGUUGUUCUCUAGACGGAAGCUGUGA